GAUGACUCUCGCUCUUCCUCCUCCUCCUCCUCCUCCUCUUUUCCCUCCACAGUAGCACCAGAGAGUCCGGUGGAGUGCCUCUCGCUCCAAUCCCUCUUCCUGCUUUUUUUUUUUUUUUUUUUGCUCCUUUUGGGAACUUCUGACGUCCGAUCCUCUACUCCUCCUCCUGCUCUUUGCUCUUCCUCCUUCUCAGCCGUCGGCCGUCCGGGUCCGGAUCUUUCCUCUCCAUUGCUGGCAUGAGCGCGCCUCCGCUCAUUCGCACUCCGAGCCCGCUCUCCUUCCCUGGGGGGCAGCCCGGGGGAGGAGAAAGAGGAGCAGCAGGCGGCGGCGGCGGAGGCGACGGCGGCGGCGGCGGCGUGGUGUCCUUCCACAUCCAGAUCGGUCUGAGCCGAGAGCCGGUCCUGCUGGACUUGGCGGAUGCGAGUCUGGCUCAGGUGCGCGAGGUGGCCUGCUCCAUCGUGGACCAGAAGAUUCCCGAGUGCGGCUUUUACGGCAUGUACGACAAGAUCCUGCUGUUCCGCCACGACUCGGCGUCGGACAACGUUCUGCAGCGGCUGCGCUCGGCCUCGCAGAUUCAAGACGGGGAUCUGGUCGAAGCCGUGCUCUCGGCUUCGGCCACGGCGGAAGACUUCCAGAUUCGGCCGCAUUGCCUGUUCGUGCAUUCGUAUCGAGCGCCCGCCUUUUGCGACCACUGCGGCGAGAUGCUGUGGGGCUUGGUGCGCCAGGGCCUCAAGUGUGAAGGCUGCGGUCUGAACUACCACAAGCGCUGCGCCUUCAAGAUCCCCAACAAUUGCAGCGGCGUGAGGAAACGCCGUCCGUCCAACGCGUCCCUGACGGGGUGGCCGCUCAACCUGGGGGGCCGCCCCUUGUCCGCCGAGCCCUCGCCGCCGCCACAUUACGCCGACGAGGCCCUGCUGUCCCCCGUCAGUCCCAGCAUGGAGAAGUGGUCGCCGCCGUCGGAGGCGCGCUGGGGUCGCGAGCGGCGCGCCAGCUGCCAGUCGUACGUGGGGCGGCCCAUCCAGUUGGACAAGCUGCUGCUGUCCAAGGUGAAAGUUCCUCACAGCUUCCUCAUCCACUCGUACACGCGGCCCACCGUCUGCCACCACUGCAAGAAACUCCUCAAGGGACUCUUCAGGCAAGGCCUGCAGUGCAAAGACUGUCGAUUCAACUGUCACAAGCGUUGCGCGACAAAAGUUCCAAACAACUGCUUGGGAGAAGUUUCCAGAAACGGAGAGCUGCUCAGUCCCGGGGCGGAGUCAGAUGGCAACAUGGCGGACGGUUGCCUUGACGAUCAGGAGAGGGGCGGCGGCGGCGGCGGCGGCCCGAUGGACGAUGUCGACGACGCGGCCGUGGCGACGGAUGACAUGACCAUCGCCAUGACGACAGAGGCGGGCCCCGGAGACCCUGGAGACUUGCAAGACCCGGAUGGGGACGAGUCCAACAGAGCCAUCAGCCCGUCAACCAGUAACAACAUCCCGCUCAUGAGAGUCGUUCAGUCGGUCAAACACACCAAGAGGAAGAACAGCAACGUGAUGAAGGAAGGCUGGAUGGUCCACUACACCAGCAAGGACACUCUGAGGAAGCGACAUUACUGGCGCCUGGACAGUAAAUGCAUCACACUGUACCAAAACGAAACGGGAAGUAAAUAUUAUAAGGAGAUUCCGCUGUCGGAGAUCUUGUCGCUGGAGGCCGCUCGGACUUUCUCGCUUCUCCCGGACGGCGCCAACGCCCACUGUUUCGAGAUCGCCACCACGGCCGCCUUGGUUUACUUUGUGGGCGAGGACCCGCACGGCGGCGGCGGCGGCGGCGGCGGCGGAACGGGCGCCGACGUGCUGGUGAGCGGCGCGGGUCAGGACGUGGCCCGCGUGUGGGAGAUGGCCAUCCGGCACGCCCUCAUGCCCGCCGUUUCCACGGGCGUCUCCCACGGUUGCCGUGGCGACGGGCACCAGGAAAUCUCCAUCAGUAUUUCUGUCUCCAACCGUCACAUCCAGGAGAAUGUGGACAUCAACUCGAUUUAUCAGAUCUUUCCAGAUGAAGUUCUCGGCUCCGGACAGUUUGGAAUCGUCUACGGAGGGAAGCACAGGAAGUCGAGCCGCGAUGUGGCCAUCAAGAUCAUCGACAAGCUUCGCUUCCCCACCAAACAGGAGAGCCAGCUCAGAAACGAGGUGGCCAUCUUGCAAAACCUGCAUCACCCCGGCGUGGUCAACCUGGACUGCAUGUUUGAGACUCCCGAGCGCGUUUUUGUGGUGAUGGAGAAGCUUCACGGAGACAUGCUGGAGAUGAUCCUGUCCAGCGAGAAAGGACGCCUGCCCGAACGCAUCACCAAGUUCCUCGUCACGCAGAUCCUGGUGGCCCUGCGUCAUCUCCACUUUAAGAACAUCGUCCACUGUGACCUGAAACCCGAAAACGUCCUGCUGGCGUCGGCCGACCCUCUCCCGCAGGUGAAACUGUGCGACUUUGGCUUCGCUCGCAUCAUCGGCGAGAAAUCGUUCCGCCGCUCGGUGGUGGGCACGCCGGCGUACCUGGCGCCGGAGGUGCUGCGAAACAAGGGAUACAACCGCUCGCUGGACAUGUGGUCGGUCGGAGUCAUCGUCUACGUCAGCCUCAGCGGAACGUUCCCGUUUAACGAAGACGAAGACAUCAACGAUCAGAUCCAGAACGCCGCCUUCAUGUACCCGCCGCAGCCCUGGAAAAAAGUCUCUCCCGAAGCCAUCGACCUGAUCAACAAUCUUCUGCAGGUGAAAAUGAGGAAACGCUACAGUGUUGACAAAACACUCAGUCACGCUUGGCUGCAGGACUACCAGAUGUGGCUGGACCUGCGCAGCCUGGAGAGCCGCGUGGACCGGCGCUACGUGACGCACGAGAGCGACGACCUGCGCUGGCAUCGCCACGCCCACCGAGAGGACAAAGUAACAGAUUAG